AUGUUCGACAUUAAAGGCCCCGUGGCCCAGGAACUCCUUCCUCUUUUGGUUAACGAAAUUACCAACAAGUUCAACAUCCCUGACGACGCCAAAGAUGUCGCUGAGUUCAUCAUUAUGUUGAUUGGUAACGGCCGUCCAGCUAAUGAGAUUGUGGCUGAAACAAAGGAAAUCGUCAACAUUCCCAUAGAUGAGGGCUUUAUUGGCACUGUUUUUGCCGAGAUUGGCCGUCUCGAGACCAUCAGAGCUCAGAACGCUGCUCAGAGUGCUCCAGCUGCUGCUGUUGCCCCUGCCCCUGCCCCUGCUCAGGAAAGCAUGGACACUGAGGAGCCAAAGAUCCCUAAGGGUCCUGCUAGAAGUGUCAAGUUCCAAAAGGGUUCUGAAACACGCAACAAGUUGAGUACGAUUUCCAAGACUCGUACCGCCCCAAGAGGUGCUGGUAUCACCAAGGGCAGCAAGGACUUUGUCGCCAAGCACCAAAGUGGUAGACCACAAGCCCCAGUCAAGGGUCUUCGUGGCAAACACGACGAGAAGGAGAAGAAGCUUUUGGAGCAGAUUCAGCAGCACAUGCCUGACCUUUUGGCCAAAGCCCAGGCCGCCCGCGCCUCGCAGCCAACGGUUGAGUUGUGUAAGUUUGGUGCUAUUUGCAGCAAGGAGUUGUGUCCAUUUGGCCACCCAACACCAUGUAACAAGGAUGCCAAGGUGACAAAUCCAAGAUGGUGUCGUUUUAACAAAGAGUGCAAUAACGAGCGUUGUAAUUUCGCACACUCCUCUCCAAACUACAAGGCUCCUCCUGCGGUCAAGCAGCAGCAGUUUAACAGACAGCCCACUACCUUGGAGCAGUGCAAAUUCAACCAGGCCUGCACCAACAAGGCUUGCCACAGACGUCAUGCCACUUCGCUUACAGCUUGCCAGCGUGGUAACGACUGUAAGCUUCCGUUCUGCACUUUCUCUCAUAUCAUCAAUGAGGAGUGUCGUCACAAGAACGACUGUACUAAUAAGGUGUGCUACUUCAAGCACCCUGACGGAAGAGAGAAUACAUUUCUCAAAGAGAACACCGGCAAUCCUUCCGCUGCCACCGACGAGCGUUCCUUUGCUGUCCCUGAUGAUCAGGUGAUGGAACAGGCUGUGCAAUAA